AUGAAGCUUAAAUGGUUCAUUAUCGCGUUUUUGUAUUUGCCCUGCUCUGAGACUGUGUUUGAACUUAUAAUGGCUGAUUACUGGGUAUCACAGCAGAAGCAUUGGUGUAAAUAUUGUAAAAAGUUUGUUGCUAAUAACAAACCUUCAAUUUCACUUCACGAAAAUGGUACUGCACAUAAAGCUCAAGUUGAGAGAUUCUUGAGAAAUGUAUACAAGAAAGGACGAGAAGAAAAGGAACAACAGGAGAGUGUUAGAAAAGAAUUACAGAGAAUAGAGCAAGCUGCAUUAUUAAGUAUCAGCAUGAAAGAUGGACCAAAACACUUGAGUAGUAGUAGUACUUCUUCUUCAAUGACCACAGUCAAUAAACCUAGUGCCAGUCGAGUGAGCAGAACAUCAACCAGUACUGGUGCGUAUGGUUAUGGCGCGAACUAUUAUGUACCCACCAUUGAAGAAUUACGUAAUCCGGCAGUAAUAGAACAAAAGGUAGAAGGACGUGAAGAAUGGGCGGUUAGUAAGGAUGUAGCAAAGGUUGGAGAAUGGGAAGUUGUAACACCAAUGACACCUCCUAAAUCUGAACCUGGUACAACCAAGCGUGAUGAUCAACAGCAACAAAGAUCAACACAUGAUCAAGCUCCCGAAUUUCAAGACGAUGAUGAAGGAAUUAAUGAAGAAGAUUUGAAUGCAUUCAAAUUAAAAGAAAAAGAAUAUCCAACAAAUGCGAUCAGUAUUGAUGAUUCAACUGAACAAGUUGUAUUUAAAAAGCGAAAAUUGGCCGAUUCAAGCAUCUCAAGGAAAAAGAAGCCUUUACGCAAGAAGGAAGAAUAA